UAGAAAUACAUAGAAAGCUCUGUCCGAAGAACGAAAGAGAUAAAAGAGCAACAAUGGCGUUGAACGUCAUCUCAUCAUCAUCUUCAGCCACCACCAUCAGAGCCUUCGUUAGACCUUCUCUCUCCCUCAGAAUCACUCGUUUCGCGAAUCCUAACCUCCUUCCUCUCUCCGCCUCUCCUUCCUCAUUUCCUCCGCUCCGUCUUCUUAGCCGAGGCUUCCACGGUGGUCGUAUCACAGCAAUGUCUUCUCCUGCUCCCGGAUCGGUCAACAAGCCAGAGGAAGAGUGGCGUGCGAUCCUGUCUCCUGAGCAAUUCAGGAUCCUGAGGCAGAAAGGCACCGAAUAUCCAGGAACAGGAGAAUACAACAAACUAUUCGAAGACGGCAUCUAUUCUUGUGCAGGAUGUGGGACUCCUCUUUACAAAUCCGCCACCAAAUUCGACUCCGGUUGUGGCUGGCCUGCUUUCUUUGACGGCCUUCCCGGUGCUAUAAACCGAACUCCUGAUCCAGAUGGGAGAAGAAUCGAGAUCACUUGUGCGGCUUGUGGGGGACAUCUCGGCCAUGUUUUCAAAGGAGAAGGUUUCCCUACACCUACCGAUGAGCGACACUGUGUGAAUAGUAUCUCUCUCAAGUUCGCACCAGGGAAUCAAGACUUGUAAUAACGUACUUUGUGUUGUGUAAUGCUUCUGUCUAUUUCUUGUGUGUCUUGCUCGUUGUAACCAGUGUUCAGUUCCACUAAUGUCGUUCAAUCAAAAGUCUUGAGACUCUUGGUAUUGUCAUAAUCAUACAUAAGAUUUUACACAAACCGGCGAAUAAAGUAACUUCACUUCUUUGUAGA